UCUUGAAAUUUUAAGAAGCAGUCACCAAAAUGAGAAGACAUCUAAAAGUGACAUUUUUAUAUAAUAUACAGGGAGGAAAAAAAAAAUAAACAAAAUAGCAAAAUAGCACUCUUUUGGCGUGCGAGACAAUUUCAGUAACAAUGUAUAGUUGUGUUGUAAGUCUUGCCACAUGACUAUACAUUUCUUUGUAAAUCAUUCCGCUUUCAAAAAAUUAAAAUUACUCCCAAACUAUUUAACUUAUUACUCUCAAAUUUUCAGUAGUUACUAAAUAAGACAUUCUCUUUCAGUUUGCUUGUGGCUUGAAAUUUUUUAAUGCUAACGAGGAACAAACGUAAACCAAGAUCAAAUUUGUCCAAUAUUGCUUUGGUUAUGUUUCCAUGACAUUCGAGUGUGUAAGAGAAAAUUUUAAUGGAGGUAAAGGGGGGUUCUACACGCUUCGCGAACAAUAAAAACAGUCAAAUCACGCUUCACGAAUAAUAAAAAUGACCAUUUCAUUUUUCACGAAAUAAUAAAAACUAAACCAUGUUCUCUUAAAUUAUAUUUAUAUUUAUAUUUAUAUUAUCAUGUUUGACGAAAUAACUCUUUGCCAAAUCAACAAGUGCGUUUAACCUUGGGGUAAUUUUUAAAAUUUGCUUUCGAGGCAAUUACAAAAAAUUUUAUAUUGAAAAUGCUAAUCGACGUUAUUAGUUUCUAAAAAUAGUCGGUUUGCGUCUGCAUGUCAAUCACUGAUGACACAUGCAUAGUUAGUGCUUGUGCUGUCCAUAUAUAUAUGAGCUGGUCUACCCGCAAAAUACUCACAAUCGUGAAUGCAUGAGAUAUCUACGAAUACUACGGAUCAACAGAAUCGACGGUAUUGGUAUCAAUAUGAUGAAGUUAUUUGUCGUGGUUGCCUUACUGUCCAUCACUGGAAUGGAAUGUAAUGAUGAGGAGGUCAAAAGAACCUUCGAAGAGUACAAACAUCUCGGCUGCUACGCGGAUAAAGCCGCAAGAGCCAUCCCAAAACACUUGUGGACUUACAUUUUCACGUCUCCUGGUGAAGCGGUCAGGAAAUGUGCUGAACUGGCUGAAUCUAAAGGUUACAGAGUGUUCGGUGUUCAGUAUGGCGGACAGUGCUUUAGCGGAYCAUCUGCUGAAAAGACUUACGACCAAUACGGAUCGAGUUCACAGUGCUCUAGUGGCGUUGGGGGAUCCUGGGCAAACGAUGUUUAUGCAUUCCCAGAGGAACACCAUAUCGGCUGCUACAAGGACGAAAAAGAAGACCGAGCAUUUCCCAAGUACCUUGGAAAAUUUCCUGCCCAAACAGCGGUCAGUAAGUGCGCAGACUUGGCUGAUAAGAAAGGAUUUCCUGUUUAUGCUGUACAGUUCGGAGGAGAAUGCUGGACCGGACCCGAGUCUGAACAAGAUUUUGACAAAUAUGGAAAAUCCAACCGUUGUAAGAAUGGCGUUGGUGGAAUACUGGCAAACGAUGUUUAUUCGCUUAAACGUAAAUACACCUCAUAUGUUAUAUGA